UCUGUGGCGCAGUAUCACAAGAGAAGGGAGUACAAGCUAACCGCUUGCAUCACACAUUUCCAAGAAAAAAAAUGUCAGACGAGGAGAAGCUACCGUCCGGAUGGGAGAAACGCAUGAGCCGCAGUUCAGGCAGGGUGUAUUACUUCAACCACAUCACAAACGCGAGCCAGUGGGAGCGCCCGGUCGCUUCAGGGGACAGUCGAGGGGACGAGCCGGAAAAGGUGCGCUGCUCUCAUUUGUUGGUCAAACACAAUCAGUCGCGACGACCGUCGUCAUGGCGAGAGGAGAAGAUCACCCGGACCAAGGAAGAGGCACUGCAGCUGAUUCAGAAGUACAUUGAGCAGAUUAAAUCUGGUGAGGAGAGAUUCGAGGCUCUGGCGUCUAAGUACAGUGACUGCAGUUCUGCGAAGAACGAAGGAGAUCUGGGUCUUUUUGGCAGAGGUCAGAUGCAGAAGCCGUUUGAGGAUGCAUCCUUCGCUCUCAAAGUUGGGGACAUGAGUGGUCCUGUGUUCACUGACUCUGGUGUCCACAUUAUUCUACGCACUGGAUAACAGAAUGCCCCCCCCCCCCCCCCUGCUCCUACAGUCCAUUCACCUCACUCGCUCAUGUGAUCCAUAAACCCUCUCAUGAAUAUGGCUGUUUCAGAUACACUGCACGUUAGUUAACAUUCACACAACCAAUAUCUAACAUCUGCACAACAUUCCCUUAGCAUUCUGGCAGUGUUCUCUUUGGGUUUCCCUCUUCCUGCCCUCGUUUGAGUGCCUCUGUUUAAACCAAUCACAGGGGAAUAGUUACUGUAUCAUCCACUCCACCCUGGAUUGUGGGAUCAGGUUAUGAUAUCAUCGGCUCAUGGCCCCACCCCUCGGGACGACAUCAUCAACCCACUACGACACGUCUGCAGUGUGGCUUACAAUAAAGAUAUGAUCAAUGGGGA